AUGGCUACACACCGAUUUGAUCCCACAUUCACCGAUAAUGUUAUCGAGGCGAUGGGUCCUAAGACCUCGCCACGCUUUCGUCAGCUCAUGACCGGUUUAAUCCGACAUGUGCAUGACUUUGCGCGCGAGAACGAGCUCACAGUCGACGAGUGGAUGGCCGGUGUGCAGAUGCUUAAUUGGGCUGGACAGAUGAGUGAUGAUAAGCGCAAUGAGGGACAAUUAGUCUGCGAUGUGAUCGGACUGGAAUCUCUUGUCGAUGAGAUCACUUUUACUUUGGCCGAUGAAGCUAAGGAUGCGCCUACCGCCACUGCUAUCUUGGGUCCGUUCUUCCGCGCCGAUACUCCGUAUCGCGAAAACGGUGCCGAUAUCGUCGUUACUAAGCCCAAGGAUGGUGGUGAGAUGGCCUAUAUGCAUGGCCGUGUGAUGGACGUUGCUACUCAGAAGCCGCUUGUUGGCGCGACUGUUGAGGUGUGGCAAGCGUCUACUAAUGGGUUGUAUGAGCAGCAGGAUCCGGAGCAAGUGGAAUUUAACUUGCGGGGCAAGUUCAAGACUGAUGCCGAUGGACGUUAUUACUUUUACUGUUUGCGACCUACACCGUACCCUGUUCCUGAUGAUGGCCCGGCUGGAAGGCUACUUGAGCUUAUGGACCGUCACCCAUUCCGCCCUGCUCACAUCCAUAUUAUUGCUACAUACGAAGGCUACCGCCCUCUUACUACCCAGAUCUUUGAUAGCAAGGACAAGUAUCUGACCAACGACUCUGUGUUUGCCGUCAAGGACUCACUGGUCGUGGACUUCGUUCCACGCAAGGGUGAUCCUCAAGCUGAGCUUGAGCUCUUGUACGAUGUCAAGCUUGUGGCUGAUGAGUAG